AUGGAAUGGUCAAAGACAGGAUCCCGAAGGGCAAAGAAGAAAUGCCGACAUGGUGAGCAGGAGAAAAAGUCGAAGCCACCAUUCCGGCCUCCCGGGCACGGAAGUUUUUUGAUGCCGCCGCUGAACGACGCCGGAAAUUUCAUCAAGAAGCACCGGCGCUACUACGCCGCUCAGACGCUAAAAGUGCAUUACGGAAGCAAGAUGCCGGGCCAGCCGGCUUCCGACUGGACUGGGAAGGGAAAAGAAGCCAAGCGAACAUCGAAGAGGCGGAGUUUGAAACUCUUGGUCAAAGAAGAAGCCCGGGACGGCAGUACGGAACCAGGUUCCGACUGGACUGCUAUGGACAAUCGAGCGAAGCGAAGGUCUAAGGCUUGCAAAAGGAAAAACACAAAACGCUGUUUCGAAGAGGAAGAGAAAGCCCGGAAUGGUGCCGCAGAGGACAAGGAGGUGGACCUGCCGUCGGCAGCAAGCGGGAAAUGCGAACGGAGGAGGCAAGGGAGAGCGCGUCUGUCGGGCCGAAAACAUGAAUCAAAAAUCAAAGAGCCGACGCGUGAGACGACAAAGGACUACACAGCCGAAAAGGAGUGCAUCUUCUCCGCCCUUGGCUCCACCCGAGACGCACGGGUGUACAGCUCCACCAGACGCGCCAGUCAUCGUCGUCUUCUCGAAGAGACGACUGCAUUCCACGACUUGUUUGAUGCUGAAGCCCAUCAUUGCGUCGACGUGGCGUUGGAAAAGCACGACGCCACUGAGGUAACGAGAGAGUCUCGGCGACUCGAAUCACCGGCUGUCGCAGGCUCGGCUUACAGGAAGGUCGCCAAAAGCAAACGGGUGAGCUUCGGUGGAGGCUGGCUCUCUAGAAGCAGAAGGGCCCCAGCGCUACCGCUAUUGUCACCAGCGGCCACAGUCGAAGUCGCCGAGACGACCUCCAGACGAGAAAACCACCGGCGUGUACCCGAGGAGAGGCAUCUGCAAAGGAGGAGGUCUGUGCCAAGGCGACGGUCGAUAGUGCGCCUGCCGAGCAACCAUUCGUCAACAGUACCUGGUAACCGGAAAAAACGCUCCCACCAACACCAACGCCAACCUGAGCGAAGAAGUUUGGCAGCACGAGACAGGCCGCCGUUCCGACCUACCGGCCGCUGCAGCUACCUAAGGCCGCCAUGCUAUGAACAUCCGCACUGGUUCAUGACGAUGCACCGACGUUUUUACGCCGCGCAAAAAGCCAAGAACAAGCGAGCCGCGUCACCUGUUUCAGCGCCAGAAAGACGAGGGCGGCGUAACAGUACAUGCACUGGCAAAAGCAUGACAACCGAGAAUGGCGAGCAGCAGCCCAAAUACCAGAUAGCGCGACGCCGGGUAGAGGACUCAAGGAGGCGAACGCCAGACACGACACCGCGAGCUGAACGAGGCAGUCCGGAAAAUACUUGUGUGGAAGAGACUUCCGAGGGUGCGGAACAAAUUCGCGCUGCCGGCGCCGUCGCGGAGGGCACUGCCGGUCACGGACUCCUCGGCGAGCUGCUUGGGGUUUUCGCCGAAUGGCUACUCCAUCGCCCCUGGCGUCGUUUCAUUGCUGGCUUCGUCAACAAGCAAAGCCCUACUACUGCACCGACAGCGGGUGCAGCCGCCGGCGAGGGUCCACCUUCGUGACGAGAUCUCCUGGAGGCGACUGGGUGCCGAGCCGGUGUUUAUAUCUCGCGUGCACGGUUGGUUUAAAUCAGUCGUGCACGGGCCAAGAUUUUCCUGUACCCGGGAGAGCGCUCGUGGUAAAUUGGUUCUCUGCUGAAUCAGAUGACAGCUCUUGCUGCAGACAGACGAAGCCGGCAGUGUGCCCUGGAGAAUG